AUCCUAAUUUUAUAUAUCUAUAUAAAUCUCUUUUAUCAUAAUCAAAAGUCCUAUAGGAUCAUUUCUCUUCUUAAUAUUAUUGUCCAAAGAUCUCUUUUAUCCUAAUCAAAUCAUUCCUUUUUAUAUUCGACUUAUUGGAGUUCUUUUUAUUCUAAACGUGUACUCAAUAAUUCACCUAUGUCGCUUCCAAAUUUCAGUAUAACUCAGUUCGUCUCUGCUACUCCCAUCUAAAAAUUCUGAUUUUCGAGGAAAAUGUGUGAUUACUCGUUCUCAUUAUUCAUUGCUAGUAACCUUAUUAUUCAUUAACUUUUUUUUGGUUUUUUUGGUAAAAAAAAACUGUUUUUUCCGCCAUGCCGGAGUUUGUUGAGCUCAACUGUGUAGAUCUCUCAGAGCCAGACCUCAAUAAAUCAGUCUCUCUUCUCAAACAGGCAUGCUUGGACUGCGGAUUUUUCUAUUUGGUGAACCAUGGAAUUAGCCUGGACUUGAUGGAUGAGGUGUUUUCACAAAGCAAGAAAUUCUUCGAUUUGCCGUAUGAAGAGAAGAUGAAGGUUUUGAGAAACAAGAAACACAGGGGUUAUACUCCUAUGUUUGAUGAGACUUUGGAUCCUGAUAAUCAAGUAGGAGGAGAUUAUAAAGAAGGAUAUUAUAUUGGUGUUGAAGUUCCUGAAAAUGAUCCACAAGCACAAAGAUCUUUUUUUGGACCAAAUUUGUGGCCUUCAAAAGAUUUGUUGCCAAGAUGGAGAGAAACUAUGGAGAAGUAUCACCGAGAAUGCCUUGAGAGGGCUAGGGUACUUGCUAGGCUUAUUGCCUUAGCACUCAACCUAGAACCUGAUUUUUUUGACAAGCCGGAGAUACUUGGUGAGGCAAUUGUAACUUUGCGACUACUACACUAUGAAGGGAAAGCUGCUGAUCCUGAUAAGGGCAUUUAUGGAGCUGGAGCUCAUUCUGAUUUUGGUCUCCUCACUCUUUUGGCAACAGAUGAUGUCUUGGGUCUCCAGAUAUGUCGGCACAAGGAUGCUCAACCUCGAGUAUGGGAAUAUGUAGCACCAUUGAGAGGAGCAUUUGUAGUAAAUCUUGGUGACAUGCUUGAGCGCUGGAGCAAUUGCAUCUUCAGUUCAUUGUGCUGUUUUUACAGGUCUACAUUGCAUCGAGUGUUAUCAAAUGGUCAAGAGCGCUACUCUAUAGCGUACUUUGUGGAGCCAAGUCACGAUUGUAUUGUGGAGUGUCUGCCAACAUGCAAAUCUGAUUCUAACCCUCCCAAGUAUCCUCCUAUAAAAAGUGAAGCAUACCUGCAUCAGCGAUACAUGGAUACGCAUGCGGACUUGAGUUCUUACGAUCACAAGACCGGCUAAACUACCAAUCCGGUCAUGUCUCAUGAUUUGCAUUGUUUUUCUACUUCUGUAAAUAUUGUGCAAUAUGGCAUAAUAUAUUAUUCAAACAAAUACAAUGGUUAUUUAUGUAAAUUUCCCCCUUCUUAUGAAUAAGCACUAUUUAUAGUCCCCAAAAUA